GAGAGAGAGAGAGAGGCGAGAACGAUUCAAGAACACAGCGGAGGAAAAGAAACCGAGAGAGAGAGAGAGAGAGAGUUCGGAAUCUGGAAAAGGGGGGAGUAUCCGAGGCAAGGGAAGAGGGGCGAGGUCUGGCUGGGCGCAGGAGAGAGGGAUUCCGAAUCCACUCACACAUUCCGAUCCAAGAAAAGGUGUGCUCCGGCGCUCCACCUCGGUACACUGGCUGGCGGUUUGCGAUUUCUGGUUUCUUUUUUGGGGUCGGAUUCCGUUGUUGAUCGUGCCGGGUGGCUGUGGGUCCUUGUCAUGAUAUUUUAUUGUAUAUUUAACCACGAGGCAACCAUGAAUUGAUGACUGGCAACUUGUGGCACUGGAUGUCUAUGCUAUCAGAAGGUCGACAUGGAGCAUCUUAUUGGCAAAAUUAUAUGCCGAAUUCUGAUGCUUGCAAUUUGGUUUUGCGAUUUUCAACAUGUGGUGUCACAGAAAACAGAUUUUAAGCCCAAGCCUCAUGUUCCUGACAAAUUUGUUCUGUCUGAUCCACCUAUUGGACUCUUUGACCCCAUAGAGAUAUCUCCUGCUGUCAUUCCAAGGAAUCCAUAUCCUGUUGAGCCACUUCCACCAAUGUACCCAUCCUUUCCAAGCACUUAUGAACCAGUCUUGACUGGGAAAUGCCCCGUCAACUUUUCUUCAAUGUCGGACAUCAUAGACAAGACGGCAUCCGACUGCUCUGCACCUUUAGCUGCACUAGUGGGAAAUGUUAUUUGUUGUCCCCAGGUUAAUAGCUUGAUGCACAUAUUUCAAGGUGCUUAUGGUAGUGAAUCCAACAUGCUUGUUCUCAAUCAAGCUACUGCUACCUAUUGUUUCUCAGAUCUUAUCAGUAUAUUAGCCAGCAGAGGGGCAAAUAGCACUAUUCCUACUCUUUGCUCAGUGAAGUUGUCAAAUCUUACUGGUGGUUCAUGUCAUGUCAAAGACCUGGUUACGUUUGAGAAAAUAGUAAAUACAAGCAAAUUACUGGACUCAUGCAGCACAGUUGAUCCGCUUAAGGAGUGCUGCAGACCAUUAUGUCAACCUGCUAUCAUGGAAGCUGCACUUCAGAUCUCACUAGGAGGAGCAAGCAUGCUCGACAAUUCUAGAAUACCUGGGACUGCUGCUGGGAUUACUGUUGUCAAUGACUGUAAAGGAGUGGUGUAUGCAUGGUUGUCUAGGAAACUCUCAUCAGAGGCUGCUAACACCGCAUUCCGGAUUUUAUCUGGUUGCAAAGUUAACAAAGUUUGUCCAUUGGAAUUUGAAGAGCCUUCAUCAAUAAUCAAAGCAUGUGGUGAUAUGGCUCCUUCCAGUCUUUCCUGUUGCAGUUCGUUGAACACUUAUAUUGCAUCAAUACAGAAGCAGAUGCUCAUAACAAAUAGGCAAGCCAUCAAUUGUGCGACAUUCUUUGGGUCAAUGCUACAGAAAGGUGGAGUUACAACAAACAUUUAUGAACUUUGCAACGUUGACCUGAAAGAUUUCAGCCUUCAGUCAUAUGGCCAACAAGGAUGUUUGCUUCGCAGUUUACCGGCAGAUAUUGUGUUUGACAAUGUCACAGGCUUCAGUUUUACAUGUGAUUUAAGUGAUAAUAUUGCUGCUCCAUGGCCUUCAUCAUCCUCUCUCUCGACCUUUUCUCUCUGUGCUCCUGAGAUGUCAUUGCCUGCGCUGCCUAUACCUGAGGCUUCUAUAAGCUCAGGUAGCUACAACACUGCAAGAAUCAUCCUCUCCAUUGUACAUGUCAUCUCCAGCUUAUUGCUAUGACCAAGUCUGAGCCAGGGGGUGAUCCAGAUGUCAGGAAAUCACUUGUGGAGCCAGUUUACAUGUACAUCGAGACGAUCAAUUUUCAUGUAUAGCAGCUUAUUUUCGGAGGAAAGCAUUUGGAUCUGUGGACUGGGAGCAAUACUAGGGUAUGGGGGAAGAAGAGGUGGUCUCGGGAGCAAUACAUGGGAGAGAGACCAGAGGAAGAGGACUCUCGGAAUGGUAGGCUGCCUGAUGGCAAAGGUGUGUUGUGAAUAGGGUAUGGAUGCCGUAUGUGUUUGUUUGUAUUUGGGUUUUCUUUUGUGUCUCCCUCCCAUUCUCUUCUCCAUCCGUUUGUUAUUUUAUUGCAUACUCGGCAUGCUUAGUUGAUGGGUUGGGAAUUGCUGAUUUGCAUUUGCGUUUACACCGACUCCAAUUUUGGUUACUGAUGCUGACAUACAAAUGAAGUACACAUUUUGAGCGG